AUGUCUUCGCCAUUAGAGCCAUCCGUCCUUGAAUAUGCACGAUUCCAUAACAUCGCUACUAGCAGCGUACAAGACCCAGUCCUCCUGGUCCCACCAGUGAUUGAAGACAUAAACUUAUCUCUCCGUGACACGCCAAACUUUCCUUCCAUUGACUUAGAAACCAUACAAAGUGAAAUACGGACGGGAACAAGGGAAAAGGUUGAUGCGAGCUGGGCAAGCGCACGCAUGCUGUCAUCUAUUGCUAAAUCGUUCCUCGAUGAAACGUCGAUGGGAAAUCAUCCUGGAGAAGGUGGAUGCCCUUCAAACUUCGGCCAGGUUCGAGAUAUGAAAUUAGAAGCGCCCCUCCUGCGAACCGACCACGAAAUUGACAUGCGAAUGUUUCGGCAGAGAAUUUCUCUUGAUUUCAUAGAGAUAGAUGUACCGCUGGAACAGCUUGACGACGAGAAUGAUGAAAGCUUGAAGUUCCCGAGCAACUUCUGGAGCCAGCCAAUGCAGUUGUGGGAUGUGGCUCAGGCAGAGCGGCUGAGCUGUGUGAAAGACGGUUUGAUGCUUAUGCAGGAGAUCAAGAGUCAGGUUGCCGCACCUGGAAAGAGGGAUGUUGAUGACUGGCUAAGUGAAGGAAUUACCUUCUGUCGCAAGAGGAAAGAUAUUGACCCUCAGACACCCAUAUUGCUACCUAGGGACCCCGCUCCGGGGCCAUUUGAACCGCCAUCUCCCUGUUUGGAAAUGGAAAUAUUAUCUGAUGCCGAAACGCCCCCAAUGGUGGAAUUUCAGAACGCUCAGGAUAUUGAAGAUACUCUUAUGACAAACUGCGAGCAGAUCGUGGCAGAUUUCCUUACUACCAACAGCCAGGCCGAAAGACCGGGGUUGCUAGCAGAUGGAUUUAAUGAAACAUCGCAAGAUUUCGAGGACCUAACUUCAUUACCCAUUGUUCAAAACAUAACUCAAGACUUGAAAAUUGAAACCCCUAUCACUCCGCCGAUAUCAACUAAAAAGCGGGCUGCUGAAAGUAAUGAGGAUAUCUUAAAUGCGAUGGCUCGAACCAGCGUUUUCUCCGAAAUUGCUUCACACGAUGCGGUGGAUAUUGAAUCCAUUAGCAUCCCCGAAGAUGAUCUGGAGGAAGUCGUUAGUGCAGCAAAGAGAAAAGCAGAAGAUGAACUAAAUUCAGACCGCAUCAGAAGCAUUAAUCCAACGAUACGAUGCAAUGUGCCUUGUCUUCGAUCACCGAUCAAGAGCCCAACGUGGCCUGUAAUCGCUGGCCAAUCGAAGACUGAAUUGAAAAGACUUUGUCGGUCAUUUAUUUCCGAAAUUAAACAGAAAGAUUUAGCUGGCAUCCGGUAUGCUAUGGGUGAAGAUAAUAAAAAGGACCUCAAGUGGCAACCAUUUUCAUUGGAAGUACGGAGACUGGAGGUCAAAGAAAAUCUAGAUCCCGAGGACGCUGUGGGUGAGUUCCUCCGUGGGAUUGGUCGCCGGCUGGACGGUUCGGAAAAUGAAGAACAAAUGUCUACACCCGUUUAUCCAUAUGACUUUCGUCUUUCCACUUUAGAAGACAAUGAAGAACUUAUGCCGCGAGAGCUUUACGAAAAGGUAGGGUUUGUUUCAUCGCUUCAAGGGAAGGCACGUGCGCAUUAUGGAGAUGAUAAAGCAAAAGGUGGUGGCUCAGGAUAUUCCCAUACGGAGCAGAAGUUCAAAGGAAUUGACAACAAAACCGGAAGCUUAAAAGCUACGGAUAUUGGGCUGAACGUCAAAUUUGCAGAGGCCACACUUGUUGGUUCAGGUUUAUCGUCCUUGUUUUCCCCUUUGGACUCACUUUCCAAUUUUAUGGAGGUUCGUGGUUGCAGGCCUACAGAUUCUCACUCGGAUAGCUUUCCACACAUCGCCUACCCGGCUCCACAUCAUUCAACGGUUUUGGCACAGGACAACCCGCGUCCCAAGACUGGUACGCAGGUUCCUCAGCAGAUAACCCUGCAAAAUGUUAAACCCAUACUAGUGCCACUGGUAGAUCCUCCCAACACGGCUCGGCCACAAGAUCCCCUGACAUUUGUUUUAACUUCCUCACUUCUCCGGACACAUCGUUCCGUGAUUCAUAGUCUUGAAUCCCUAUCCCCAGCGUGCAAUCUGAUUUUCCGUGAUUACGGUAGUCUGCCAAAACGGUAUGCGUCCGGUACUUGGGCCGAGAGUUUCCAUCAGCAUCGAUUGAUGCCACGAACUCAAGAACAUCAGGAUGGCCCACAGAACAUCGAAAUUCAGGAAGCAGAUAUAUCACUUUCCCCUACUGCAGGCGUUCUCCUUACCACGACUCAGGAAAUAACUCAGAAAUAUCUGCCGGGCCACCAGCCAAACGGACAGGGAAUCGCCCAGGAACUGAAUUACCCAGUUCGUCGACGUAUUUCCGAGAUUUGCCUAUUAUACGAAGAAGUAUAUGUCUUCAUUUGCAACCCUAUCGUUACUCUAAACAAGGAUAGGUUAACGAGACCGUAUGUGGAAAUGGAAAUGAACGAUCGAACGGUGGAAGCUAUCGAAUCACUGAAAACGUUUUGCGAGUCGCUUAACCAUUUUUCAACCAUAAACGCUUUCCCCGUCGUUAACGAUGCUAGCAUCAUAACAGACUGGUUGGUUAGUCUUGCAAGUAAACAUUACACUAUGACUCCGUGGUCCGCUUCCAAUAUUGUCCAUGAGCUUAGAAAGCCAGCUAAAAUUCGAUUUCCGGAAGAUACCUCACUAAGCGAGAAUUUCCUCCGGCAGUGUGGUUUAAAUUCCUUUGCCGCCCAGAUGGUGCUACUACAUCCUUGUAAUGAUGGAGAUGAUGACAAUGGAUUACACUAUUCCGGCAGUCAUUCCAUUCAAUCAACUAAGAAUCCAAAAGACGCGCUUUUCCGCUUCGUUUCUAUGAAUCCUUUUGAACGAAAACACAUUUUCAUCCCACUUCUCGGGCAGCGUGUGUUCGAGCGCAUGGAACGAAAACUGGCAGUUGAGGUAAUAUGA